AUGAAAAAUUAUAAUAAUAUAUUUUUGGAAACAAGUUCACCAGGAAAUAAUAAUAAUAAUAAUAAUAAUAAUAAUAAUAAUAAUAAUAAUAAUUAUUUACACGAAUACUCUAAAUCCAUAAUAAUAUUAAUGAAUACGAAAAAAGACGAUACCAGUCCAUCGUCAUUCUCAAACCAUCAACAACAACAACAACAACAACAACAACAACAAGAUAUUAUUGGAUUUAUUAUUGAUAGAUUUUGUCAACUAUUGACCAGAGUAUUACAAUUAAUAAUAAUUACCAUCCCAAUCAUAAUGUCCACUAUUUCCAACAACAACAACAAUUCAAAUCAACAGCAGCAACAACAACAACAACAACAACAAACCAAUAAUAAUAAUAAGAAUAAUGGACACCAUUCUCCAGCGGGAGGACAUUCAACUCCAUUAGUAACGCCAAAGUAUUAUUUUCACAAUUACAACUAUCCAAACAUAUCACAUUUCAAGGCUAGUAAACACAUACUUGGAAGAAACAAAUUGAUUGGCAGUGGUAGUGGCAAUACAAGCAACCAUCCUCCAACACCCAACUACAGUCAUGGUAUUAUUGCACCACAACCACUUGCAUCUGUUACCACUGAAGCCGAUGAAGAAAAGCAACAACAAGGUGCCAUUUUAACAUUCUCUGCCAUCUUUUACAAGCUCCUCAUCUUUGUCAUCUCCUUUUUGCCACUCUUUGUCGUCGAGAAACUUUUAACCUUUUUCGCUUGGGUACAACUUGAAUUAUUAAAAGCCAAGGCAAAGAAUAUUAAUCCAGAUCAAACUUUUUCAAGUCUAAAGAAAAAAAGAAAAGCAAAAAAAGUAAAGAAAUUAAAAACUCUUACAAAUAGCCAAUCAAAGGUAUCGACAACAAAGAAAUUUAAUUUGAAUACACCGUUAAUUCACUCGACCGUAGUAGAAGAACCUCCCAACGAACAAUCAUCUUCAUCGUCGUCAUCAUCAUCGACUGUUGUAGAGGAAUCAAAUCUAUCAAAUGAAAGAUCUUUGGAACAACCUUCAUUGUCAAUUAGACCACCACCACCAUCACCACCACCUCAAGAUUCACCAACAUUAGUGGUAGUAGAAAAUGACAACCAUUCUACUACUACUCCUACGGAUCAACAUUUGAUAGUAUCUACCAAUGCCUCAAACACUGGUACAAGUACACCUGGUGGUGGUAGUAGUAUUCAACUCAGUCCAUCAUCAUCUUGUUCAUCAUUGUUGAUAGAUCAUCCAGAGUUGAUGUUGCGUAAUCAACAACUUCAUAGACUAUUACAAUCUCCAAUGCCAACCAAUUCAAAUCCUAGCAUGCUUAUCAGCAACAACCAACAACAACAACACCACCACCACCACAAUCUAUCACUACCAACUUCACAUUCAGUUGGUGAUGCAUUAAAUAAUUUAGAGUUAAUGGGACGUCCAAGAUCGGAUUCAAUGUCAAUGUUGGUACCAGAAGUUGGUGGUAGAUCAUUUGCUGAGAUUCGUAGAGUCAAUUCAGAGGCAACACUCUAUCAAACAUCAGAAGAGACACUUUUAUUCGAAGCCAAUCAAAAGAGUCGUAAAGAAUUUGAAGACUUUUUACGUUCAGUCAAGGAUAUCAAAGAUGUCAGAAGUUGGUUACAAAACUUUUCUGGAGAGGCCACUAGAAAGAUUGCCAUUGUCAAGAUUAGUAGACGUAUUCUUGAAACACAAUAUGGUAUCGAUCAAGCAGCAUCUUCUCUCUGCUUUAUGUUCAAGUUUGGUCUCUUGCCAAUCGUUAUUCAUGGUGGUCUCAAUGAUAUUACUCGUCUUCCAUACGAUCAAGUCAUCAAGGAACGUCGUAUUCGUUCGGCCGCACUCAAAGAGGCCAUUAAAAAGAAUGGUGUGGGCAGUACUGUACUCAGUCCCGAUAUUUGUGAGAUCAAGCCAGUCGUCGCCGAAGAGGAAUAUGACAAUCAAGAUUCUCCAUCAUCUGAUACACUCUCUGAAGAGGAAUUAGAAUUUGGUAGAUCUGGUAUACUUCCAAAUGGUGGUCUCACAAUGAAGAUUGAAUCAUUUGACUAUGAUCUACUUACACAAGCAUUGGAGAAGGGUAAGAUUCCAAUCUGGGAUUCCGUUGCCGAAACGACAGAAGGUAUCGAGAUUCCAAUCAACUCUGAUGUUACCACAUUUGAGUUGGCCAAACUUAUCCAACCAUUCAAGAUUAUCUUUGCUUGCAACGAUGGUGGUAUCCUCGAUGUCGAUCACAAGGCCAUUCCAGUUGUCUAUCUUGACCAAGACUAUCGUGCUCUUCUCGAGGCCGACCAUACUACAGAGCGUCGUCGUGUUCAACUCAAACAAAUGAAACGUAUUGUCGAUCAUCUCCCAACUUCAACCUCUGUCAUUGUUACCUCUAUCGAAGCAAUUGCUCAUCAAAUUCUAUUCCCUCGUCUUGCUACUGGUACAAUCGUUAAACGUAGAGAAGAUAAUAGAGUUAAAGUUUAUAAUAGACAUAACUUUGAAACAGUAGAUUUGGAAAGAUUAAGAACAUUAAUUCAAGAUAGUUUUGGUAGAGCACUUUCAGAGGAUUACUUUGAUUAUCUUAGGGAUAAUCUAUAUGCACUUUAUAUAUGUGUUUCAGCAGAUGAUCAAUAUAUGGGAUGUGCCAUUGUAACCUUUAAAAAGCCAGACUAUAUUCCCUAUCUCUGCAAGUUUUGUGUACAAAGAUCAGCUCAAGGUCUUGGUCUAGGAGAUCUCAUUUGGAGAUCAUUACAACGUGACAUUGAGCAAUUGUACUGGAGAUCACGUAAUAACAAUCCAUUGAAUCCAUGGUACUUUAGUCGUUGUCAAGGUUCAUUCCGUGCUGACGAACAUUUUACCGUCUUUUGGUAUGGUGAUGAUAAGUUUGAAGAUGGUAGUCUUAUGAUUGAAGAAGCUCUUAGAAAACCAAUCACUGUACUUCCAAAUACUACUGCACCAUCUGAAAAGAAAAAUCAAUAA